CGCAUACAUCUCACUCUCAACGACGACGAACGACGAACGAUGAGCAGCGCUCAAAGCACGACGAGCACGGCUGUCCAGUCGUACGACGCAUCAUGCAAGGCCCUUCUCACCAAAAAGACAAUAAGGAUGCACGUCCUCCUCGCCAUCCUUAGCGUCCUCUCCACGCUCAUUACAACAGUCGCACUCUCCUUCCUUCGCUUACGGCCAGCAUUAUGGCCGUUGCUUAGUAUUUGGGUGUGGGCAUACGGGUUGAGCGUGUAUGCCGUUGUUGUCGUACCGUUGCUGGUGGCACGCAAGACUCUCUUAACCACAACUCACCACCCGCCAUCUAAUCUACGAGCGCUGCUCGCCUCUCCCUCUAACCGCGUCCAACUCCUGACAUACACCCUCUCAGCUCUGCUCUUCUCCCUGCUCUUCCUCCGACUCACCAGGCUCCCUCGGCUGAGCGACCCAGACUCCAAGCUGUUCCUCUAUUCGAAACAAACAGGCUUGGCGAUCCUUAAUGAACGACCGGUGUUGUUCGUUGUUUGCAUGGCGGGCUUUGCAUUGGUGUAUGGCACGAUGCAGGUACUUACGUGCCGGACGACUGUCAGCUGGCCCACACAAGCCGAGCAAUUGCUUCCCAUCCCGAGCAGCAUACUCCAAGACCUGCACCAUACCCUACAGCCCGGACUGCGCCUGUCCAUCAGCACGAUCCUCCUCCUCCUCAUGCUCUCCGUCCUCCUCCGCCCUCUCGGCAUCUCCCUCCUGCUUCUUCUUCUCCCCCUCCCUCUCCUCUCCCGCUCAGCAGACUACGCCCUCCGGCACACCCCUCUCACCCUCUCCUUCCUCCUCAAACUCCAACUCGCCGCCUCCCUCCUCACCCUCCUCUGGGAACUCUCCAACACCUUCUUCUCAGUUUACACCUCCCGCCCCCUUCGCCCACGUCAGCCGUUGCACGCUUCUCUCCUCUCAGGCCUCCGCUCCCAGAAUACGUACUUCAAGGCCCAGGCGUGGAUGGAGCUUUCUAGACUGGCAAAGCAGGAAGAGACAGCGAAGAAGGUGUUUGCUGAUAUGGCGGAUUAUUCCCUGCCCGGAACGGGUGGGCAGGGGAGGGGCAAGGGGCUGUGGGCCGCUCUGGCAAGAGAAGGGCUCUUAUUGUUAGGGGAGGAUUAUUCGCUCCUUAAACGGCGGGGGAAGCCAGUGGCAGUCCCAGGCAAGCCCAAGUCCUUUUCCCCCAAAUCAAAUUCUGACUCCCUUCAACUCCCCUCAGCCCCCCAACAGCCUCCUAAACAACUCUCGCAGCAUCCCGCUCAUCUCCCCAGCGCCCAGGCGCUGCAGCCCGCCCCACCCCCGUCAGCCGCUUCGGCGCUGCUUGCCUCCCUCGCCCGGCCUCCCCCGGCAUUAGUAGACCAAGCGACGAACGCCAUACUCAGCCAGGCCCGGAGUGUCGGGGGCGAGAAACUGCGAGCUGUGGAUGAGCGCUUGGAGGGAGGGUGCAAAUUGCUCACUGAGGUAGGGGGCGCGGUGGGUGGCGUCUUGGGGGUUGAGGGUUUGGGGGCAGGGAAGGGGAGUGGGAAGGAGGGAGGGACGUGGGGCGUGGAUGACGUUUUGCCCAGACGGGAGAUGGAUAUGUGGGUUGUGGAAUCCCUAACAUCACUCAUCUCCCACUCGCCCACAGCAGACAAAUACGGGCUCUCAACACGCACCACCCCCAGCCUACUCGAAGCUCUAACAUCAUACGAAUCCGAGCUCCAGGUGCUCCUUCAAGAGCUAGAUCAACGGCUUCCUCCCCCCUCCCUCCCCGAACCACUGACAAUCCUCACAGCGCCAAAGCAGGCCGCGCAGGCGGUAUGGCAGUGGGUUGGCUACGACUCUGCGGAGAGGAGGGGGAUUGAGCUUGUUGUGGAGAGCUUGACGGGUACGGGCGAAGGAGUUAGGAGAACGUUGAGGACGUAUGGGGAGGAGAUGGCGGGGUUCGUGUUUACCCCGAAGGUGGGGGGGAGGUUGAGGGUCCAUGCGGCUGCUCUCUAG